CGGGGUGUGUGUGCCCGCGCCGUGCCCCCCGCGUGCUACCGGGCGUGAGUCACCGCGGGGCUCGCCUUUAUAACUGCCGCCAGGCUCGCGGCUCGGCAGAGCAGCCCGGCCACGCGUCCCCAACGUCCCCGAUCGCGUGCCCCAACCGCCACCGUGUCCCCGGGGCGCCAUGGGGGCCCCGCGCUGUGCCCCGCUACUGCUACUCCUGCUGCUGCCGCUGCUGCUCACGCCGCCCGCCGGGGAUGCCGCGGUCAUCACCGGGGCUUGCGACAAGGACUCCCAGUGUGGAGGGGGCAUGUGCUGCGCUGUCAGUAUCUGGGUGAAGAGCAUACGGAUCUGCACACCCAUGGGCCAAGUGGGAGACAGCUGCCACCCCCUGACUCGGAAAGUCAGUGUCUGCGCUGGGACUUCUGGUUCCAUUUUGGGGGCGGAGAAUGCAUCACACUUGUCCUUGCCUGCCAGGCUUGGCGUGUUUACGGACUUCUUUCAACCGGUUUAUUUGUUUGGCCCGGAAGUGAUCCCUCUGAAGUAGGAACUUGAAGUGUGACCCUCCGCUGCACAAUGUCUGUCAAGUCUUGCUUGUGAUUGCGUCGUCACACAAAGAACACGCCAGGAAGAAAUGCUCUCGCUUCCUCAACUCUCCAAGUAACAUUUUGAAGUGACUUUUUUUUUUUCUGUUUGAAGGAGAGUUUUGAUUUUUGGAUAGACUUAUAAAGGGCAAAGCAUUCUGGAAUGGCUUCUCAUUUCCCUGUUUAUGUUUUGGCUUGACAUUUUUGAAUGCCAAUAACAACCACUUUCACAAAUAGGAGAAUAAGAGUAGGUAUUUUGCUGCAGAAACUAUUUUUUUUGUGUGUGUGUCCUUUGCAAACUGUCUGCCCAUCCUGCCCUGUGCACAGAUACUCCCUCCCUCCUUCCCUCCCUCUUCAAAGACUCCCAUGGUCCUCACUUUAGCCUAGUAUUUUGAAGUGGGGUCUCUACAACCCUAGCCUACUGGCAGAGCCACUGCGGAGGCCUAAACAGCUAGCUCUAGACUUAUUUGGUGGCAAGAAGAUGCAUUUGAACCAGACACUCUAGACAGCUCAUUGGGAGUGGAAAUUGGGAGUGCUUCUGGAACUUUCCUGUACCCAUCUAGCCCAGCGGCUUUCAGUUGUACUGUUUAACUGGUGGUAAGACAAAGCUAAUGGACACUGAAGGAAUGUGGUUCAUUUUUCUAGGUUUGUUUGAGUGAAAGGCGUUUUCUCCCCAAUGGAAUAUUACAUUUCUUUUUUCAUUUUUUUUACUUGAAGCUCUUUUUUAUUUUUAAUCUUCUUCUUGGAGACAUUCUAAAGAAUGCCACUUGAGGAGGAAGCAUUGGUUUUCAUCUGGUUCGACAGGAGUCAUCAUUUAAAAAUCGGUGUUAAGUUAUAAUUUAAACUUUUAUUUGUAACCCAAAGGUCUAUUGUAAUGGAUUUCCUGAUAUCUUGCCAUUUGUACUGGUAUCAAUAUUUCUAUGUAAAAAAUUCUGUAUCAGAAUAAUGACAAUACUGUAUAUCCUUUGAUUUAUUUUGAUAUUAUAUCCUUAUUUUUGUGA